AUGGGGCCCCCGGGCAAUAGGGGAUCAUGGGGCCCCUGUGUCCUUGCCCAAACUCAAAAAGCCUAUGAAAAAGAGCUCUGUGGUGUUUACUAACACAAAGCUCUGGGCUAUGAUUGUACACAGCCGAUCAGCAGGUCCCAGCCGUGAAUCAUUGACUGGGACCAGGGGCGGACUGACAACUCAUGGGGCCCCCAGGCAAUAGGUCAUCAUGGGGCCCCUGUGUCCUUGCCCAAACUCAAAAAAGCCUAUGAAAAAGGUGCCAGGGACAUCUCAUGGGGCCCCCCUACUGACCCCGGGCCCUCAGGCAGUUUCCAAAUGGUCAGUCUGCCUCUGAC